CUUUGGGGUUUAAAUAGCAGCUUCUAGUCACUUCUGAAUUGCAAUUCGCUUUUGAGUUUCAAAGUGUGCUGUUUGUGCUCCUAACAUCUCUUCUACCAACAAUGCGUUCAAGUUUAGUUUUUCUACUGCUGGCAGUUGUGCUAGUUGUAGCUGAGAAAGAAACAAAAAAAGAAGAUAAAGAAUAUAUAAUAUGCGAUGACUGUGAACCGAGUCAUCAUCAUCAUCAUAAACACCAUCAUCAUGAUAAUGAUUAUUAUUAUUAUAAUGAUUAUGAUUAUGAUUAUGAAUAUUACCCUGUUCAGAAAAUGUCUGUCCCUUACGCUUACGCCUAUUAUCCAGGAUAUCAACAAUAUUAUACUCCAUCUUACAAUCAGUAUCCCUACCAACAAGCAAUGCCGCUUAGUCAACAAGCAGGACAAGUUAGUCAACAAUCAGCACAGAUGCAACAACAAUCAGCACCUUUAAAUCAACAAACAGCAUCGCAAAAUCAACAACCAACAGCGAUGAAUGAACAAUUAGCAUUGCUAAAUCAACAAUUAGCAUUGUUAACCCAGCAAAUGGCACAAAAGCAACAACAAUUAACAUCGCUAAAACAACAACGCAGAAGGCGCUAAAUCAGUAAUCAGCAUUGUUAAAUCAACUAAUAAAAUAGCUAACAAUAAGUUUACUGAUAAAGAUGUUAAUCCCAACCAAAAAAAUAUCAUUUGAAUAAAUUUGACUAUACAA